ACGUGUUUGAUCGACAGUCUCACUCUCAGCUUCGUGUUUGAAAUUUUUAAUUUAUUGAAUUGUAUUCUAAUUAAUUUUACGAUAAAUUAUUUUAAUUGUGUUCUGUAUUAUAAUACGCGUUCGAAGUAUCUCACUUUACCACCAUCACAAUGUUUUGGAGUCUAGUUAUAGAACCGGGGAAGCGGUAUUCUUCCACUGUAAAAGAAUCAUUUCAUUUAUCUAUGGCCACAUUGGAUGUUAAAACUUGCAAAAAUGAUCACGAUGUACAUCCUGUUUUGAUCGAAGUCGAUGGCCAGGAGUUAUUACUGUGUAAUUUAUCGAAAUCUGUUAAUCCUCACGCUGGUCUGGAUUUGAUAUUUGAAAAAGACACCGAGAUCACUUUUUCCACCAGUGGCAAAGCCACUAUUCAUUUGACCGGCUAUUGUAUUCAGGAAGAUGGCGAUAGUGACGAUUACGAUAAUUACAGCAGCCUGGAAGAAGAAGAAGAUGAAUCUUUUAGUGAAUUAGUCAAUGCCAAUAGAAAAUCGAAAAAUACCGAUAAACAAAAUGCCAAUAAACGGAAACUCGAAUCUGUCGAUGCUAUAUCGAAGAAGAAGCCGAAGGGUGCUCAAUCUGAUUCAGACGACGAUGAAGACGACGACGAUAGCGAUACCGAUCUAGAUGACAGCCACUUAGAUCAGUUAGUGAGUUCUGUAAAUACCGAAGGAGAUUCGAGUGACGGAACCGACGAUGAUUCGGAUGUCGACGAUGAACAAGGUGACGAGGAAGAAACCGAAGAUGAUGAAGCUGACGAUGAUAGUGAAGUGGACGACGAAGAAGACGACGACGACGAUAAUUCGGAUGCCAGUAGCGAAGACGAAAAACCUAAACCUAAACAAUCGAUAAAGCCGGGAGGCAUAACGCCUGUUUCGAAUAAACAGAAAACUCCGCUAAGUAAUAAAAAACAAGACAAACAGCAGAAUAAAAGCCAGUUAACGAACGGUACUCCUCAAUCCAAUAAGAAGGAUAAAAAUAAGAACCAAGCUAAUCAGCAGACUCCGAAACAGGGUAACCAAAAAACACCGAAUAAGGAUGCUCAGAAAGACAAGACACCCAAGAAAGGAGACUCGACCCCGCAACCUCAAAGGAAACUAACACUCAGUGGCGGUGUUGUAGUCGAAGAUCUUAAACCAGGCAACGGUCAGCCGGCAAAACAAGGAAAAAUGGUUCAAGUUUAUUACACCGGUCGAUUGAAGAAUAAUAAUCGUGUGUUCGAUAAAUCAACCGAUGGACCAGGAUUCAAGUUCAGAUUAGGUAAAGGUGAAGUAAUCAGAGGCUGGGAUGUUGCCUUAGACGGUAUGAAAGUCGGCGGUAAACGAAGAAUCACCAUUCCUCCUGGUAUGGGAUACGGUACUAAAGGAUCUCCGCCCACAAUUCCACCCAACAGCUGGUUAGUUUUUGAUGUCGAAAUGAAAUCCGUUAAUUGAUAACCUAGCGACGUUCUCGUCGUCGAUUUUUUUGUACAGUAUUUUAUACCUAAAUACUAUUUCUUAUCAAGUAUGAAAAUGAAUGGCUGAGAUAGUACCUUGAUGUAUCGUGUCAGCCCCCAAGUCGUGUUUUGAUAAUUGUGAUGUAUUUUUAUUUACUGAAAUGAAAUCAGUACUUCGUACAACUGUUUUUAACUAUGAAGUUUUACCCAUUUUUUUUUUUUCAAUAAACAGAUCGUUUAUGCGGCGAAGAAAAUGAAAA